AUGCUGCUGAAACUAUCAGGCCAAGGCGCAGUGUACAUACGCUCAAAUGUAAAACUUGCUUCUGGUAGUGACAGUGAUCAUUCUGACAAUGAUGAUUUUUUGGAGCCAUCCAUAGCUGCAGUAAAACAAGAUCCAGAAAUCUUAGAAAUUCCAUCUGAGUCUGAUAUUGAAGGUAGAUAUCGACUGACAAAUGAAUGUAUAAUAUUAAUGCCCAGCAUUAAUACAUGAAUUGCAUUAUAUGACAUUGUUGCCCAUAUGAAAAAAUCCAAUUGGAAUUUGGGAUAGUUUCCAAUAGAAAUUCCUAUUGGAAUUUCAAUUGGAUUUUUUUGUAAGGGUGAGUCAUGGAAUAGUAAAUUGGGGGCUUUGUAUAAGCAGCCAAAAUUUAGGUUUAACAACAUAGAUGUUGCAGAUACAUAUUAAUUAAUGGCAUCACUGGCUACUAGAAAAUUUAAAAUGAGGUUGCAUGGGCGUACCGGAAGGAAGAAUUUAGGGGGGCGGAAAGAAAUUUGGCCGACUUUUCCGGAUUUUGCCCGACAAGUACCGAUAAAAUUUUUUCCGGAAUUUAUUUUGGCGACCUCCCCCCACCCCCCUCCCCCGUCGCCAAAAAAUUUCGGUCAGUGUACUAUUUUAGGGGUCAAAAAAUUUUUCCGGACAUAUCAAAAUUUUUCGGAACCUAACAAAAAUUUUCGAAACAUCACAAAAUUGACCAUAAAAUUUACAGAAUUUGUCCCAUUUAUUUUUAUAAUAAACCAAAAUUGCACGACUGUUCAGCGAAUAUUGCCCGGUACGCCCAUAAGAGGUUGUCAUGUGGAUGUUUACUGCCUGUAUGACGUUGACAUAUGUAGCAUUGUAACACUUAUGCAGAAGUAGGAUUCUGGAUUCCCAUGGGGAAUAAGUAAAAUGUGGAAUCCUGGCAUCGCUAGUACUAGUGGAAAUGUGUACUCUUUCUCGACCACCCCCUUUCGCAUCAGAUUACGACACAAUUUUUCUAAUAUAAAUAUUUCGGCGAGUAUUUACCCCUCCUUGUAAAUAAAAGCCACCAUUGAAAUCCUCAUAAAAUAACCUUCAGAGCAUUUCACAAACCGAAACAAUGUAUGUAUGUAUGUAUGUAUGUAUGUAUGUAUGUAUGUAUGUAUGUAUGUAUGUAUGUAUGUAUGUAUGUAUGUAUGUAUGUAUGUAUGUAUGUAUGUAUGUAUGUAUGUAUGUAUGUAUGUAUGUAUGUAUGUAUAUAUGUAUGUAUGUAUGUAUGUAUAUAUGUAUGUAUGUAUGUAUGUAUGUAUGUAUGUAUGUAUGUAUGUAUGUAUGUAUGUAUGUAUGUAUGUAUGUAUGUAUGUAUGUAUGUAUGUAUGUAUGUAUGUAUGUAUGUAUGUAUGUAUGUAUGUAGUUAAAUUUUAGAUGCUGUAAUGAUAGAACAAGCUGUUGGUAUUGCACAGUCAGUUCCAGAAUCUGCUGGUGUACAUGCACAUAUUGUUGAUGAACAAACUCAAACUAACGGUAAUUGUUAAGAAAAAUUAUCUCCAUGAUGAAAACCCAAGAAUAUUGAGCAUUGCUUUGUUUUAAUACUUUUGUGCUGGUCGGAUUGCCCAGUUGUUGAAAUAGGAUACUGAAUUCUCGUGGGAAUACCAAAACCUGGCUGGAAGAUGUAGUUAUUGUGUGAUAGGCAGUACUUCUAAGUUUAAUCCUGUUACUGCCAGGUUUACUUUGAGUACACCGGUUUUCCUCUCACUCCUAGCCAUAUUUAUAUAAUGGUAACCACAGAUAACCCCCUAAACCUUUGUGACACUGGGUUAUGUAACUUGUUAAAGCUUUCCAUCUAUCCCAGGCUGGGGAAUAUGCAUAUUAAGCGCCAGCGCUCUCCCCUUGAUGCAAUGCGACUAAAUGGGUUAAUUAACUAAAUUCAACCGGAAAAAUAUUUAAAUUUUAGAUCAUGUCACGGUAUAACACAUUAAUGGCAUUACAGAGCCAUUUCCAGAAUCUACUCCAUUAAUUGAUAUCUUUGAUGAACAAAACCAUGAUAAUGGUACGUACAGUAAGUUGUGGAGAAAAUAUAAACUAAGGGGGUGUUUAUAUGGAACCUGAGCUAUCUCGCUUUGCUGAGAUCUAACGUUGCCAUUAUAUUAAUAUUCAUCUUGCAUUUAUAUGGGAACCAGGCUGGCGCGCCUGACUCUCGCCUCCAUAUAAACACCGCCUAAUUGUUGAGAAACAGAGAAAGGUAAAAGAAUAUAAUGCAGCAGUUGUUGUUGUAAUUCUAUUUCCCCACUUUGAAUAAACUUAUCUGGCAUUCAACUGAGUGAAAUACAGUAAAAAAUGGUCGUUAAAGUCACAUUUUAUUUAAAAAAAUGACAAGUAGUACAAAGCACAUGCAAAGGUUAAGAAUAUUUCAACGUUAUACACUAAUGAAUAUAUUCCUUUGUAAGCAUUUCUCGCAUAUUACUGUGGCCAAUUAAUGGUUCGAUCUGUUAAGCUACAGUAGCAUGUAAGUCAGUACAAGGGUGCAUGUAAAUGCCAUAUUCCUAUUAUAACACUUUGUUUUUUCCCUAAUUUAGCACAUCAAUUAACAACUGAAACUGGUGUAAUUGACCUGGAUCAUAUUGUCAAUUAUCCAGUGAAGGCUUAACAGUGCACAGAACAACCCUCAAGAAUGAUAUGCUUCAACUCUUUCAAGACCCAGACACACUUGGUAGUCUUUUAAUGUUUACUGUAAUAGGUUUUGAUGGUUCGGCUGAAAAGGGUGAAGGUGUAUGUGUAGCUAGGGAUGUUCUCGCAAGCUUUUGGCAGGUUUUCGUUGAUUCAUUGGCUGUAGGUGUGCAGGAAAAAGUUCCCUCAAUAAGGCAUGACCAUCAAAAAAUGCAGUGGGUUGCAAUUGUUAGCAUUCUUAUUUAUGGUUACCUCAGGGAAAAAUAUUUUCCAAUUUCACUUUCCUUAGUGAAGAAAGAAAGUUUAACAAAUCAUGACUUACUACAAUCGUUUCGAAUGUACAUCUCAGACGAUGAGCGUGAGACCUUUGACAAGUGUUGCAAUGGAGAAUUGUCUCCUGAUGAUGAAGAAGUGCUAGAGCUAUUAAGUUCGUACAAGUGCCACCGCAUUCCAAACGCUGAAAAUAUUAGGUUGAUUUUUUCUGAACUUGCACACCAAGAACUAAUUCAAAAGCCAAAAUAUGUUGUCCACUGUUGGGCCCCCCAUAUUCAAACAUUAAAGUCUUUCCCCCCAUUUCAAUCCACAGAAGUGCUGAAAGAAAUGUACGAUGAAAAGCGGCCAAGCAGUCGUAAAGUAAUAAAACUGCUUAAUUUCGUUCCAACUAAUUAUGCUGAAAACCAAUGUUUGGAUCACUUAAAACGGUACAUUAAGUCUUUACAGGGUCAGUCUUUAACACGGUUUCUUCAAUUCACUACAGGUAGCGACAUUAUUGUAACUGAACAGAUUAAGGUUAAUUUUGUAGCUGCCCAGGGUUUCGCGAGACGGCCAAUUGCCCAUACUUGUGCGCCUCUGUUAGAGCUACCAAGUACAUACCAGUGUUAUAAUGACUUAGCUGAGGAGUUUAGUAACAUCUUAGCUGAUAAAUUGUCAUGGGCAUUUGAUAUUGUUUAA